GCGGCUGCUGCCUGGGAGGGAGGCCGGGCAGGCGGCUGAGCGGCGCGGCUCUCAACCUGACGGGGAAGUGGUUCGGGCGGCCGCGGCUUACUACCCCAGGGCGAACGGACGGACGACGGAGGCGGGAGCCGGUAGCCGAGCCGGGCGACCUAGAGAGCGAGCGGGUCAGGCUCAGCGUCGGCCACUCUGUCGGUCCGCUGAAUGAAGUGCCCGCCCCUCUGAGCCCGGAGCCCGGCGCUUUCCCCGCAAGAUGGACGGUUUCGCCGGCAGUCUCGAUGAUAGUAUUUCUGCUGCAAGUACUUCUGAUGUUCAAGAUCGCCUGUCAGCUCUUGAGUCACGAGUUCAGCAACAAGAAGAUGAAAUCACUGUGCUAAAGGCGGCUUUGGCUGAUGUUUUGAGGCGUCUUGCAAUCUCUGAAGAUCAUGUGGCCUCAGUGAAAAAAUCAGUCUCAAGUAAAGGCCAACCAAGCCCUCGAGCAGCUAUUCCCAUGUCCUGUAUAACCAAUGGAAGUGGUGCAAACAGAAAACCAAGUCAUACCAGUGCUGUCUCAAUUGCAGGAAAAGAAACUCUUUCAUCUGCUGCUAAAAGGCUGGAGUGCAAUGGCGCAAUCUCGGCUCACCGCAACCUGCACCUCCCGUGUUCAAGAGAUUCUCCUGCUGCAGAACCCGGAGUAGCUGGGAUUACAGGCAUGCGCUACCACACCCAGCUAAUUUUGUAUUUUUAGUAGAAACAGGGUUUCUCCAUGUUGGUGAGGCUGGUCUCAAACUCCCAACCUCAGGUCAUCCGCCCGCCUUAACCUCCCAAAGUGGUGGGAUUACAGGUGUGAGCCACUGUGACUGGCCAAAAUUGUAUUUCUUAGCACCUGCUUUUAAAAAAAUUGAACACAAAGUAGAUCGUCAAGGGCCAGUCUGAAGUCAGAAGUUAUCAGAAGUGCAUCAGGUUAAGAAAUGUCACUUGACAUUAAAAUAUCUAUAACAUUUUAAACUAUUAUAAUGUGAUAAAUUGUAUAUACUAUGUACAUUUAUUUAAAAAGUUCUUGAACAAGCUUUCUUGUUGAUUAUAAUCGAAUUACAAAAUGUCCUUUGAUUAAGAAAGACAUUUAGGACCGGGUGCAGUGGCUCACGCCUGUAAUCCCAGCACUUUGGGAGGCUGAGGCAGGCGAAUCAGCUGAGGUCAGGAGUUUGAGACCAGUCUGGCCAACAUGGUGUAACCCCAUCUCUACUAAAAAUGUAAAAAUUAGCUGGGUGUGGUGGCGGGCGCCUGUAAUCUCAGCUGCUGGGGAAGCUGAGGUGGGAGAAUUGCUUGAACCUUGGGGAUGGAGGUUGCAGUGAGCCAAGAUCAUACCACUGCACUCCAGCCUAGAUGACAGAGCAAGACUUCAUCUGAAAAAAAAAAGGGGGGGGGAGGGGGGCGGCGGAGAAAAGAAAUAGGCAUUUAGUAGUUUCCUACCUUUUCAUCACUGGAAUUCAAGUCUUGAUUCCAUCAGCUUUAUAAUAUUGUCAAGAGUGUUUUCAGUAUAAGUAUGCUUAUCCAGUCUGGUUAGGAAUAGCAGGUGGUUUAUUAACCAAGAGUCAAAGUACAGAAUCAAAAGAAUUUAUACUUAAAUAUCUGAAAUAUUUUAACAUAAGAUAUAUUCACCUGUAUUCAUUCAUCAGUUUUUAAAUGAAAGACCAAACCUACCGUCUAAGUAUAUAUCUCUGAUCAAAUUCCUUGUUGACUGUCCUUCAUAAAAUAUAUCCAUAAAUAACUUUCUAAAAUUUUUAGUUUGAUUUCUCAGCAAUGAAAUGAGUAAGAAAUUUAAAACUCUAGCAGAAGAGUAUGUUAGAACCCAUCUCUCUUUCUAUGAUUUUGUUUCUUUUUUUUUUUUGAGACGGAGUCUCGCUCUGUCACCCAGGCUGGAGUGCAGUGGCGCAAUCUCGGCUCACUGCAAGCUCCGCCUCCUGGGUUCACACCAUUCUCCUGCCUCAACCUCCCAAGUAGCUGGGGCUACAGGCGCCCACCACCACGCCCAGCUAAUUUUUUGUAUUUGUUAGUAGAGACGGGAUUUCACCGUGUUAGGCAGGAUGGUCUUGAUCUCCUAACCUCGUGAUCCACCCACCUCGGCCUCCCAGAGUGCUGGGAUUACAGGCGUGAGCCACUGUGCCUGGCCAAUUUUUUUUUUUUUUUAAAGAGACAGAGUCUCACUUUGUUGCCCAGGCUGGUCUUGAACUCCUGGGCUCAAGUAAUCCUCCUGCCUUGGCCUCGCAAAGUACUGGGAUUACAGGUGUGAGCCACCACACCCGGGCUCUGUGAUUUGUUUGUUUUUUGAGAUGGAGUCUCGCACUGUCAUCCAGGCUGGAGUGCAAUGGUGCAAUCUCCGCUCACUGCAACCUCCGCCUCCCUGGCUCAAGUGAUUCUCCUGCCUCAGCCUCCCGAGUAGCUGGGAUUACAGGCACAUGCCACUGCGCCAAGCUAAUUUUUGUAUUUUUAGUAGAAACGGGGUUUCACCAUGUUGCCUGGGCUGGUCUUGAAUUCCUGACGUCAGGUGAUACUUGCCUCGGCCUCCCAAAGUGCUUGGAUUACAGGCGUGAGCCAGUGCGCCCAGCCGCCUCUGUGAUUUUUUAAAUUGUGUCACUCACACUGAAUUUAACAGCAAUUUUUUUUGAUAACUCAUUUUUUUUGUAGUCUUUCCAGAACAUUAAACUUAGUUUUCAUAGAAAUUGCAGUUCUCUCUGUAUUUAAUUAACUUACAUAAUUAAAAUAACAACUGGCAUAAACAGACUUGGGGAAAACUUAAACUCUUGGUAAGUUUAAGACUCAAUUGAGUGGAGUAGAAGUAUACAGAAAAAAAACAGGAAUUGGAGAAUAACCUAUUAAACAUGAAUAUUUAGUGUUCUUUUAGCAUCAGUCGGUAUGCUUUACACAGAUAGUCCUCUGAUUUGGGUAACUUGAGGUCAGUUAAGAGACCUUCGUUUGUCCCCCAAAAUCUGCCAAGAUGGCAAAGUUUAUUAGAGACCAUUUCUGUCUAAAGGGGCAAUCUUCAUGGGAUAUAUCGCCUUAGAAUUUUUAUAAAUUCUUUACUGAAGAUGUUAAUAGCUUCUGGAAUUUUCAAAGAAAUAUUGUCCUUAUUGAAUGAAAACAGUGCAAAUUGUAUUAGCUGUAUGACUUAGGGUUUUGAAUUAUAUAAUAAUCACUUCUCUAUCGUUUGAUUUUUUUUUCAUUUGUUUAAAUGUGUAUUGUUCCAUGUUAUACUUUAUUUUACAGUGGUACAGAAAAAAAGAAAGAAAAACCACAAGGACAGAGAGAAAAAAAAGAGGAAUCUCAUUCUAAUGAUCAAAGUCCACAAAUUCGAGCAUCACCUUCUCCCCAGCCCUCUUCACAACCUCUCCAAAUACACAGACAAACUCCAGAAAGCAAGAAUGCUACUCCCACCAAAAGCAUAAAACGACCAUCACCAGCUGAAAAGUCACAUAAUUCUUGGGAAAAUUCAGAUGAUAGCCGUAAUAAAUUGUCGAAAAUACCUUCAACACCCAAAUUAAUACCAAAAGUUACCAAAACAGCAGACAAGCAUAAAGAUGUCAUCAUCAACCAAGAAGGAGAAUAUAUUAAAAUGUUUAUGCGCGGUCGGCCAAUUACCAUGUUCAUUCCUUCCGAUGUUGACAACUAUGAUGACAUCAGAACGGAACUGCCUCCUGAGAAGCUCAAACUGGAGUGGGCAUAUGGUUAUCGAGGAAAGGACUGUAGAGCUAAUGUUUACCUUCUUCCGACCGGGGAAAUAGUUUAUUUCAUUGCAUCAGUAGUAGUACUAUUUAAUUAUGAGGAGAGAACUCAACGACACUACCUGGGUCAUACAGACUGUGUGAAAUGCCUUGCUAUACAUCCUGACAAAAUUAGGAUUGCAACUGGACAGAUAGCUGGCGUGGAUAAAGAUGGAAGGCCUCUACAACCCCACGUCAGAGUGUGGGAUUCUGUUACUCUAUCCACACUGCAGAUUAUUGGACUUGGCACUUUUGAACGUGGAGUAGGAUGCCUGGAUUUUUCAAAAGCAGAUUCAGGUGUUCAUUUAUGUGUUAUUGAUGACUCCAAUGAGCAUAUGCUUACUGUAUGGGACUGGCAGAAGAAAGCAAAAGGAGCAGAAAUAAAGACAACAAAUGAAGUUGUUUUGGCUGUGGAGUUUCACCCAACAGAUGCAAAUACCAUAAUUACAUGCGGUAAAUCUCAUAUUUUCUUCUGGACCUGGAGCGGCAAUUCACUAACAAGAAAACAGGGAAUUUUUGGGAAAUAUGAAAAGCCAAAAUUUGUGCAGUGUUUAGCAUUCUUGGGGAAUGGAGAUGUUCUUACUGGAGACUCAGGUGGAGUCAUGCUUAUAUGGAGCAAAACUACUGUAGAGCCCACACCUGGGAAAGGACCUAAAGGUGUAUAUCAAAUCAGCAAACAAAUCAAAGCUCAUGAUGGCAGUGUGUUCACACUUUGUCAGAUGAGAAAUGGGAUGUUAUUAACUGGAGGAGGGAAAGACAGAAAAAUAAUUCUGUGGGAUCAUGAUCUGAAUCCUGAAAGAGAAAUAGAGGUUCCUGAUCAGUAUGGCACAAUCAGAGCUGUAGCAGAAGGAAAGGCAGAUCAAUUUUUAGUAGGCACAUCACGAAACUUUAUUUUACGAGGAACAUUUAAUGAUGGCUUCCAAAUAGAAGUACAGGGUCAUACAGAUGAGCUUUGGGGUCUUGCCACACAUCCCUUCAAAGAUUUGCUCUUGACAUGUGCUCAGGACAGGCAGGUUUGCCUGUGGAACUCAAUGGAACACAGGCUGGAAUGGACCAGGCUGGUAGAUGAACCAGGACACUGUGCAGAUUUUCAUCCAAGUGGCACAGUGGUGGCCAUAGGAACGCACUCAGGCAGGUGGUUUGUUCUGGAUGCAGAAACCAGAGAUCUAGUUUCUAUCCACACAGACGGGAAUGAACAGCUCUCUGUGAUGCGCUACUCAAUAGAUGGUACCUUCCUGGCUGUAGGAUCUCAUGACAACUUUAUUUACCUCUAUGUAGUCUCUGAAAAUGGAAGAAAAUAUAGCAGAUAUGGAAGGUGCACUGGACAUUCCAGCUACAUCACACACCUUGACUGGUCCCCAGACAACAAGUAUAUAAUGUCUAACUCGGGAGACUAUGAAAUAUUGUACUGGGACAUUCCAAAUGGCUGCAAACUAAUCAGGAAUCGAUCGGAUUGUAAGGACAUUGAUUGGACGACAUAUACCUGUGUGCUAGGAUUUCAAGUAUUUGGUGUCUGGCCAGAAGGAUCUGAUGGGACAGAUAUCAAUGCACUGGUGCGAUCCCACAAUAGAAAGGUGAUAGCUGUUGCCGAUGACUUUUGUAAAGUCCAUCUGUUUCAGUAUCCCUGCUCCAAAGCAAAGGCUCCCAGUCACAAGUACAGUGCCCACAGCAGCCAUGUCACCAAUGUCAGUUUUACUCACAAUGACAGUCACCUGAUAUCAACUGGUGGAAAAGACAUGAGCAUCAUUCAGUGGAAACUUGUGGAAAAGUUAUCUUUGCCUCAGAAUGAGACUGUAGCGGAUACUACUCUAACCAAAGCCCCCGUCUCUUCCACUGAAAGUGUCAUCCAAUCUAAUACUCCCACACCGCCUCCUUCUCAGCCCUUAAAUGAGACAGCUGAAGAGGAAAGUAGAAUAAGCAGUUCUCCCACACUUCUGGAGAACAGCCUGGAACAAACUGUGGAGCCAAGUGAAGACCACAGCGAGGAGGAGAGUGAAGGGGGCAGCGGAGACCUUGGUGAGCCUCUGUAUGAAGAGCCAUGCAACGAGAUAAGCAAGGAGCAGGCCAAAGCCACCCUUCUGGAGGACCAGCAAGACCCUUCGCCCUCGUCCUAACACCCUGGCUUCAGUGCAACUCUUUUCCUUCAGCUGCAUGUGAUUUUGUGAUAAAGUUCAGGUAACAGGAUGGGCAGUGAUGGAGAAUCACUGUUGAUUGAGAUUUUGGUUUCCAUGUGAUUUGUUUUCUUCAAUAGUCUUAUUUUCAGUCUCUCAAAUGCAGCCAACUUUAAAGUUUUAGUUUGGUGUUUAUUGAAAAUUAACCAAACUUAAUACUAGGAGAAGACUGAAACAUUAAUGAUGUCUCACAAAUUACUGUGUACCUAAGUGGUGUGAUGUAAAUACUGGAAACAAAAACAGCAGUUGCAUUGAUUUUGAAAACAAACCCCCUUGUUAUCUGAACAUGUUUUCUUCAGGAACAGCCAGAGGUAUCACAAACACUGUUACUCAUCUACUGGCUCAGACUGUACUACUUUUUUUUUUUUUUCCUGAAAAAGAAACCAGAAAAAAAUGUACUCUUACUGAGAUACCCUCUCACCCCAAAUGUGUAAUGGAAAACUUUUAAUUAAGAAAAACUUCAGUUUUGCCAAGUGCAAUGGUGUUGCCUUCUUUAAAAAAUGCCGUUUUCUUACACUACCAGUGGAUGUCCAGACAUGCUCUUAGUCUACUAGAGAGGUGCUGCCUUUUCUAAGUCAUAAUGAGGAACAGUCCCUUAAUUUCUUGUGUGCAACUCUGUUUUAUCCUAGAACUAAGAGAGCAUUGGUUUGUUAAAGAGCUUUCAAUGUAUAUUAAAACCUUCAAUACUCAGAAAUGAUGGAUUCCUCCAAGGAGUCCUUUACUAGCCUAAAAACAUUCUCAAAUGUUUGAGAUUCAAGUGAAUGGAAGGAAAACCACAUGCCUUUAAAACUAAACUGUAAAAAUUACCUGGCUAAUUUCAGCUAAGCCUUCAUCAUAAUUUGUUCCCUCAGUAAUAGGAGAAAUAUAAAUACAGUAAGUUUAGAUUAUUGAAUUGGUGCUUGAAAUUUAUUGGUUUUGUUGUAAUUUUAUACAGAUUAUAUGAGGGAUAAGAUACUCAUCAAAUUGCAAAUUCUUUUUUUUACAGAAGUGUGGAUAACAGUCACAGCAGUUUUUUUUACCAACAGCAUACUUAACAGACUUGCUGUGUAGCAGUUUUUUUCUGGUGGAGUUGCUGUAAGUCUUGUAAGUCUAAUGUGGCUAUCCUACUCUUUUGGGCAAUGCAUGUAUUAUGCAUUGGAAAGGUAUUUUUUUUAAGUUCUGUUGGCUAGCUAUGGUUUUCAGUACAUUUCCUACUUUAAGAGUAAUUACUGACAAAUAUGUAUUUCCUGUAUGUUUAUACUUUGAUUAUAAAAAAGUAUUUUGUUUUGAUUUUUUAACUUGCUGCAUUGUUUUGAUACUUUUUAUUUUUUUGGUCAAAUCAUGUUUAGAAACUUUGGAUGAGUUAAGAAGUCUUAAGUAUGCAGGCGUUUACGUGAUUGUGCCAUUCCAAAGUGCAUCAGAACUGUCAUUCCCUUCUAAUAUCUUCUCAGGAGUAAUACAAAUCAGGUAUUUCAUCAUCAUUUGGUAAUAUGAAAACUCCAGUGAACUCCCAAGGACAUUUACAACAUUUAUAUUCACACGCUGUAUGGAAGGGUGUGGGUGUGUGUGAAGGGGCGAGUGGAGACACUGUGUGUAUCUCUAGAUAAGAAGAUAUGCACCACGUUGAAAAUACUCAGUGUAGAUCUCUAUGUGUAUAGGUAUCUGUAUAUCUUUCCUUUUGUUUACAACUGUUAAAAAACCUCAAAAUAGUUCUCUUCAAAAGAAGAGAGAUUCCAAGCAACCCAUCUUUCUUCAGUAUGUUCUGUACAUACUUAUCGGAGCGCGCCAGUAAGUAUCAGGCAUAUAUAUCUGUCUGUUAGCAGUGAUUAUUACAUCAUCAGAUCAGCAUGUGCUAUACUCCCUGCAAGAAAUAUACUGACAUGAACAGGCAGUUCUUGGAGAAGAAAGAGCAUUUCUUUAAGUACCUGGGGAAUACAGCUCUCGGUGAUCAGCAGGGAGUUUAUUUGAGGACAUCAGUCACCUUUGGGGUUGCCAUGUACAAUGAGAUUUAUAAUCAUGAUACUCUUCGGUGGUAGUUUCAAAAGACACUACUAAUACGCAGGAAGCGUUCCAGCUAUUUAAUGCUGGCAACUACUGUUUAAUGGUCAGUUAAAUCUGUGAUAAUGGUUGGAAGUGGGUGGGGUUAUGAAAUUGUAGAUGUUUUUAGAAAAACUUGUGAAUGAAAAUGAAUCCAAGUGUUUCAUGUGAAGAUGUUGAGCCAUUGCUAUCAUGCAUUCCUGUCUCAUGGCAGAAAAUUUUGAAGAUUAAAAAAUAAAAUAAUCAAAAUGUUUCCUCUUUCUAA